UUAGGUGCAGUCAAGUAUUUUGUUCGUUCCAUAGAUUUCGGUCGAAACUUUUUUGGACCGUCUAAGUUUUUUUCAGCGCAAAUAAAUAAUUCUGCAUCAAACGAUCAAAAAAGUCGAGUUUUCCACUGUUGAUCGACUCUUAGAUAUCAUUCGACUCUUGCUGCAGACGAAAAAUCGAAAGCAUUGGCAAGAUGACUCAAAUGACACAAGACGAAAUUAUUAGCAAUACAAAAACAGUGCUGCAAGGUCUCGAGGCCUUGCGUGUAGAACACGUCUCCUUGAUGUCUGGUAUGGGCGAAACUCAUCGAGAAAAUGAAAAAUCCGAUAUAGUUAGAAAAAAUAUUGAACAUAUUGAAUUGGGUUUAUCUGAGGCCCAAGUGAUGAUGGCACUAGCCUCACAUUUGCAAAAUAUCGAGGCCGAAAAACAAAAAUUAAAAACACAAGUACGCCGAUUACAUCAAGAAAAUGCGUGGCUACGCGAUGAGCUAGCCAAUACACAGCAAAAAUUCCAAGCCUCCGAACAAUUGGUAGCACAAUUGGAAGAAGAGAAAAAACAUCUCGAAUUUAUGGCAUCUGUUAAAAAAUACGAUGAUAAUCAGGAGCAAGAGGAUUCAUGUGAAAAAUCCCGCACCGAUCCAGUCGUCGAACUUUUUCCUGAUGAAGAAAAUGAUGAGCGAAACAAUAUGUCGCCAACGCCGCCAAGUCAAUUUGCUAAUUCGACUGCUGGUUAUGAGAUACCAGCACGUCUACGUACUUUGCAUAAUUUGGUGAUUCAAUAUGCUUCGCAAGGCAGAUACGAAGUGGCAGUUCCUCUUUGCAAACAAGCACUCGAAGAUUUGGAGAAAACUAGUGGCCACGAUCAUCCCGAUGUUGCCACGAUGUUAAAUAUUCUUGCCUUAGUCUAUCGCGAUCAGAACAAAUAUAAAGAGGCAGCCAAUCUGCUGAACGAUGCGUUGUCUAUUCGGGGCAAAACACUAGGUGAAAAUCAUCCAGCCGUAGCGGCCACAUUAAACAAUUUAGCCGUUUUGUAUGGUAAACGUGGCAAAUAUAAAGAUGCCGAACCACUUUGUAAGCGUGCACUGGAAAUACGCGAAAAGGUGCUCGGUAAAGAUCAUCCCGAUGUGGCGAAGCAAUUGAACAAUUUGGCAUUGUUGUGUCAAAAUCAGGGAAAAUACGAUGAAGUUGAAAAGUAUUACCAACGUGCAUUAGAAAUAUAUGAAUCGAAACUCGGUCCAGACGAUUCGAAUGUCGCUAAAACCAAAAACAACCUGGCCAGUUGUUAUCUGAAACAGGGCAAAUAUACAGAAGCCGAAGUCCUCUAUAAGCAAGUCUUAAAUCGUGCACACGAACGUGAGUUUGGUGCCAUUCACAGCAAAAAUAAGCCAAUUUGGCAGGUUGCUGAGGAGCGAGAAGAACAUAAAUAUGAUGAUUGUUAUAAUACACCAUACGGCGAAUACGGUGGCUGGCAUAAGGCGGCGAAAGUCGAUACACCAACUGUUACGACAACAUUAAAGAAUCUCGGCGCCCUGUACCGGCGACAGGGUAUGUUCGAGGCAGCCGAAACAUUGGAGGACUGUGCGUUGCGUAGUAAAAAAGAAGCAUUAGAUUUAGCUAAACAAACCAAAGUUGCACAACUGCUCACCAGCGGCGAAAAACGGCGCUCAAGACAUUUUAAAGAAGAUGCUGAUAAUGAUGAGAAGGGUCACAAGCCUUAAAGGGUUUGGCGGUGAUGGCUGGUCAGCAACGUGUGCUACACAAGCUCACCAAAAAAAAAAAUAAUAAAAAAAUAUUUUAAGUUUUUCUACACAAGUAACCAUACAAAAUAUUUAUUUACUCAUUCCUUAAUAAAGUUUGUUCACGCAAAUUAA